AUGAGUUUGUCCCCUCCACUAGGCGACCGGCUUGACCAGCUUUUGGACGACUUGGAAACAGCAUCCAAAAUCCCGGCCAAACGACGCCAAACAAGCAUCAAACCCACAGUCGAAAAGACCACAUCACUUCUCUAUGACCGAGGCGCUCUUCCAGAUGACCUCAUCCGUCUGGUCGACUUGUUAACCCAACACAAUCACCUUGACCAGGCCAGUCUGUCGGCAAUCACCCGCAACCUCUAUCCUUUGGGAAAAGUCAGCGAUGAAGUCCUUUUACGAAUCGUCGGUGCCUUGGGCCACGGCCACCUCAAGCCAUCGUUUCCCCUUCAGAGCCUGUUCCUGAAAUGGCUGGUGAUGGUGUACCACCUGUUGCAGAACCCAACCAUCUUGUCACAGACAUACGCCGUCUUGUUCAACCUUCUCGAUUCGGCUGCCAUCAGACCGCAGCUGUGUCACCUUCUGGCGCUUAUCACCAGGCGGAAGCAUGUGCGACCAUUUAGGAUUCAGACCAUACUGGCUCUUUCGCGACAGACUGGCGGUGACCCCAACUUGACUGGUCUGCUCAGGGUCUUCAAGAACUACUACCCAGAGAUUAUCGUGGGCGACAUCACCAAGGGACGUGCGGCUGCUUUUAAACACCCAGAUGUCCAGUGGAGGGAGCGGCUCAACGAGAUUCAGCAACAGCAUUUCGACCGGCAUGAAGACGACGGGACCAGAAACGGCUUUGCUGUCAGUCAUGCUUUGGGACGCCGGUUGAAGGGGGCGAGAGCUCUUGUUCCCAACGUUCAUACGCUACAUGCCCACGAAACCUCGGUGACACUCGAGGAGUUUGACAGUGCCGAGGGGUUUGUCAACAGUCUCGAAAAGAUCGAAAUGCCCUCGCAGCUGGUUGCCGUCCUUGCAGACCCCUUGCUGCAGAAGUUUUUGUUGCUGCGGCCCAGUCAGGAGGCUUCGCAGCGCAUAAGCAACUGGCUGAUGGCGUGUGUGGGUGAUGUGGCGAGCGGUGAUACAGACCCGUCAUUCCUACUCGAUAUGGUAGAGGUGAUUCGUGAUUAUGUCUUGAGUACCAAGGAAUUAUCUCCCGUUUUGAUGGAAUUCUUCCAAAGCUUCCUGCAGACAUGGAACGGGUUAGACAAACGAGACAUAGUCCUCGAGACGUUGAGCUACCUCCCCUUGCUUGACUUUACCGACUUAUCCCCCCUCUUCACCCUCCUCCAAUCUAAGCUCCUCAACAACACCCCCCAAUCCCAGCUCGCCCUCCUAACCUUUUACACCCUCCUCCUAAACAACUGGACGACCCGCCUCCUCUCCCGACCCACCUCCUCCCUCCCAUCACAACCAGUCACCUCCAUCCCCUCCCUCGUCACCCACGUCAACCCCCUCUGCCUAACUCUAUCCCAAUCCUCCCCUUCCAUCUCCACCUCCCUCGCCAUCCUAGACUUCUACACCGCCACAGGCAGAAUCUACUCCUCCCCCAUCCUCCUCCUCCACAUCCCAAUCGCCAUCCCCCCACCCUUGCUAGUCUACAACCUAGCCUUCUCCCCCUCCCUAACCGUCCUAUCCCGCCUCUGCUCCAUCCUAACAGUCUAUAAAAUAGCCUGGGAGACCGUCAUAACCAAGAAGACCUCCCCGCAGCAACAGCAACGAAAACCAUCACAGGAAGAAUGGUCCCAGAUCAACAUCUUCAACGGCUUCCUGAUGGACAUCUGCAACAACCUCUGGAGGGGACGUGCAUUCGCCCUCGCACCAACAUCCGACUCUGGCUCCCCCGACGCCAACGCCAGGGGUUGCCGCAUACCGAAAUCGCUUGUCCCUGUUUUGGACUCGUAUCUCAGAGAUUUAGACGAUGAUUUAAAGCUCGAGACUGUUUUUGGUCUGAGCUACAACCCGGUGCUUUGUCUGCAGAGUAUCAAGUUUGUGAGGGGGCUGGAAGAAAAGGAAAUGAAAAAGGGGGGGCUGUUGGUAAGGCAUGCUGGGCCGGUGACGCAGCAGAGUUUGGUGAGGCUGGCUGGGAGGGGGGGGGUGAGACUCAGCUGGCAGGAGUACAGGGCGGGAGUGUUGGGGUGGUUGGAGGGGGAGGAGGUGGGGCAGGGGGGGUUGCCGGGGUUGAUGUAUAACACCAUGAAGAAUUUGAUGGGGACUAGACGGGGGACGGAGGGAGGGGGAGGGAAUUCGUUUUCCUCGCUGGCGUAG